AUGGGAGCUUCAAAUUCAAAAGGAGAUGCUGUUUAAGCUUUUGAGAAAAUGCCUGUUGAAGAAAAAUUAAAGUUUAUACUAAUUGCUGUUGUGAUAAAAAUGCAUAAAAAAGAUAUUGAAAAGUUAGAAAAAAUUGAGAAAGAAUCUGCUGAAUUAUUUAUUUUAAUGCUGCUUCUUGCUACUAUUGAUAAAUAUAUGGAUGCUAUAGUAUUAGGAGAUUUAAUUAUUUUAAAAUAAUAAUUUAUUCCUGUUUAUCUCUUAAAAUCAAUAUGCUAUCUUAAAUUAUAAAUGAUAGAAAAUGCUGAAAAAUGUUUAUUAGAAGCUUAAAAGGUAAAGCCAAACUGUACAAGAGUAUUCUAUUUAUCAAGUAAGACUAUUUUUAAAUUAGCUAAAAUUUGUUUGAUUAAAGAAGAUUAUCCUGGAGCUUUAAAAAAUUUAUGUGAAAUUGAGAAAAAAAAGCCUGGACCUAAUGUCGAUUAUUCAUUUGGUUUAAUUUUUUAUUUAUUAAAGGUAUUGUUUAUUAAAAAAUGAAUGUACACAGAUAAGCAAUUUAGUAUUUCGAGAAAGCUCAUACUGCUUUAUAAAAGAAAAAAUAUUUUAUUGCUAAAAGUAUUUAUCAAUUUAUAAAAUCAGUGGAAUCUUUUGUAGCUUUAGAAAAUUACGAUGAGGCUUUGGAAUGUUGUGAUAUAGCAAUUUCUUUAAAACCAGGCAAGAAAGAAUUGUAUGAGAGAAAAGGUUAAUAAUCUUAUUAUUUUUAGCUAACUUAUUAAAACUUCUUGGGAAUGAAGAAGAAUCUGAGAAGGUUAGAAUACUGGGUUUACACUAAGAUGAAAAUUACACUUUAAAAAUAUUUGAAGAAAGUAUGCGAAUUUUUAAUAAAUUUAGAAAGAAAAUUAGAUGAACACCGAAGUUAAUUAAUUUAAAAAUAAUCAAAAAUUAAGUUAAAAUCUGAAAUUAAGUAAACUUAAUCAUAAAUCAUACUAAAUAAAUAAAAUUAACAAAUUGUUUUUUAUUUGGAUGCCCUUUAUUUUACCUUUACUUAUUUUUGUGCUUUAUAUUAUAAUCCAUCUUUAGAUUGCACUAAUUUAAUAGCAAAAUACUUAUCAACAUAAGAAAGAAUUAAAUCAUUAAAUUUUACAGAUAUGGUCAGAAUUACAAUCUAAAGCUGUUAUCCAGAUUUAAAAGAUCUAGAUAUAUCUAAGAUUAGUGAUAGAUUAAAAAUAUGGUAUGAAAAAAAAAUAAAAAAUCAAAAUGAAGAUUCUAUGAUGUUUUCGAAUUUAUUUAAUAUUUUUAAAAAUUUAACAAACACAUAUGUGAGAUAAAUAUUAAUUGAGAGAUUAAAUGAAGACUUUCAUAAGAGUUUUGAAAGACAAAAUAAAAAUAAGGAUUUUUACACAUACAUAACAGCAAUAUGUCAAUAAUUUGAACAGUAGGGAUAUACAAUUUAUAGAUGUAAAAAUAGUAGUUUAAUAUUUAGAACCUGGUAGUGUACUUGGAUUAGAGCACGCAAUAUUAAUUUUAGGAUUUAUGAUAAAAUUUAUAGCAUUAGCAGAUGAUAAAGAAGAUUUUGAAGUUCUUAUUUAUAGAGGUAUAAAGUAGGGAGAUUUUUCUUAAUAUUAAUAAUCAUAAAGUAAAUUAAAAUCUAAAACAUAAAAUAUAACUAAAACUGAUGAAGAAGAUUAAGCUCUUUAAAAUUUGUCUGAUUCAUAGAAAUAAAUGUUGGAAAGUGGCUAAAUUUAUAAUUCAGCUUUUCUAUCCAAAUUUGGGUGAGAGACAUACA